AUGCAAUUCUUGCCACCCGCAGAUGCACCCAAGGGUGAGGAGGGCAAAAAUUACCAUUAUACGAGGGUCCGUCUCGCCUGGUAUUAUCGUCCCAGCGACGUCAGCGACCGCCCUGUAGCGGAUUCACGUUUGCUUUUGGCGGCCAUAUACUCGGAAGUGUGCGACAUCAAUCAGCUUCGCGCCAAGUGCCACGUGGUACAUCGAGACAAAAUAUCCGAUUUAUCUGGCUGGAAGAAACGUCCUGACCGGUUCUACUUCAACCGCCUUUUCGACCCCUACAUCAAGAAAGAGUUUGAAGUUAUCCCAUCGAGGGACGUACGAAACCUCCCCGACCACAUUCGAGAGGUUCUUAUUUCACGAUAUGAAUAUAUCGUCGCGGAGAAAGAGGUCAUCCCUGAUUUGACCGACCACAUCCGCCUUUGUGACAACUGUCAGAAAUGGUGCCCCAGCGCUGAUACAGUCCAAUGUGAUCGCUGUAAACGCUUCUUCCAUAUGCGCUGCGUCCAGCCUCCGCUUCUCGCGAAACCUACCCGUGGGUAUGGCUGGACCUGUGCCCCCUGUUCUCGACGGCACGAAGAAGAGGUAGACAGCCAUGACGUCCGACCUUCCAGCUCGGCCGCGGGGAAGGCCCAUAGGUCGAAUGCCCCACCUGCUCGAGGACGAGGUCGGCCCAGGAAGGACAAGACCCUGGCUGAGAAGGAGGAGAAUCUUCCUGUGAAACAUUUCAAGAUGUGGCCUUUCAGAUAUUUCGGUCAACAUACUGUGGCGGAAGAUACAUUGGACGAAGAAGAUCUAAUAUUCCCUCGUACAGCCACAAGGCACGGUCCAAAAUACCAGGCAAAUGUCCCUCCAGGACCGGAUCCAUACAAUUACCCCCCAGACCUCGAAGAGCGUGGUGGUGACAACACAGUGGAAGUUCUCGGCGUUAUCAACUCAUUGACAGAGUCGGAAGUGGAAGCAUGCAAGAAGGGCCUAACCAAUGACCCCAAGCUCCGUUACAGCGUUGACUGGUUAACAGAAGUCAUCUUCCGUUUCUCUGAUGCAGCUCUCGCGGCGCGUCCAUUAACGGCUGUCAACAUGAAGAAUCCCAAUCGAAUACAGAAAUGGAAGAAAUACGAAACGCCGUACACAGAUCGUCCCUGGUCACACGACGAAGUCGUCGCCUUUGAAGAUGCAGUCGCCCUUCACGGUCCCGAGCUUCGUGCUGCCAAGGACGAAGUGCCAAACCGCUCGAUGCCAGAGGUCGUUCGUUUCUUCGGGCACUGGAAGAACUCCAAGCUCAAGGAGGAAAACAAACGUCUCAAAACCUCCGGCCCACCUGCCAAACCAAUACAUCGCCAAUACCGAUCCGCUGCGGAACGAAGCGAUGGUCAACGCGUCGGCUUAGGUGACGAUGAAGGUUCGAUCGUCGCACAACCGUCCAAGUCCCCAAGUUGUGGUGCUUGUCGUACACGUGAAUCGCCUCAAUGGUGGAAAGCCCCCAAGGGAUUGCCAACGAACAUCCUUUGCGAGACAUGCGGUACGAACUGGAGGAAGUAUGCUGAUCUCAAUGUCCGUCCAAUACGAGAAGAGUCCCUGCCGACUUCGAAGGCGAAGACCUCAGAGAAGCGUGAGGGAACACCCCCGGCUGGUCCUAGCGCCAAGCGGGCAAGAUCAACCCCACCACCAGUGGUGUCUGCAGCCCCGCAGGUCAAAUGCUUCGCUUGCCACAAACAGGGUCCGCUCGGCAAGGUCCUUCGAUGCAAAAAGUGCCAAUUCCGGGCUCAUGCAGGAUGUGUGGGCGCAGUCGUCGGUCCAGCCAAGGUGGACGAGUGGACGUGCGAACUGUGCGAGAACGAAGAGACCAUGGAAGCUUCCAUUAACUACGACUGCCUCCUUUGCCCUCGUUCUGGACCCGAAGAGAAGAAGCAGAAGCCAUGGCCACCAGCCGAUACCUUCUUACGAGCAUGCAAACCAACAGAAGGACAGGGCUGGACUCAUGUCAUCUGUGCAGUGUUUUUACCGGAGCUGAGCUUUACGGACGCGUCUCGUUUACGUCUUGUAGAGGGGAUGAGUACCAUUGCGAAACAUCGUUGGACAACGAAAUGUUGCCUGUGUGGCGAGAUGGAGGGAGCGGUAGUGAAAUGCAGCGACUGCUAUCGAGAAUUCCAUGUAUCUUGCGCCUGGAAAGAGGGGCACAAGUUCGGCUUCGAGAUCCAACCAGUGAAGAGCAGCCGAAGAGAUACGACCAUCACAACGACGUUCAAGGGUGAAUCAGGCUGCAUGAGUGCCCUCAUCUCUUGUAAGAUGCAUGAUCACAAUAAACGUGACAUCUAUGACAUUUGCGAAACCAACGAGGGUGGCGAGACCGCGCUGCAGGUGUAUUGCCAGGCGUACAAGCAAGCGCAGGUAGGCCAAGCCCAUGGCUUGCUGCGCAAAGCCAAACGGCUGGACGCCCUGCUCAACUUACGCGAUCCCCACGCACACGGGAUGCAACCGGUACAAGAACUCCCCACCACGGAACCCGAAUGCAGCAAGUGCAACACGCAAUUCUCUCCGGCUUUCUAUCCCGUCGUCGAUUUGUCGCCUACAGCUUCCAAAGAGACGUGGCUUUGCCAUCGAUGUCACUUUGAGGCCAACGUCGAGGUCAACGGCAAGGCAAUGGGUAUGAUGAUAUCAUGA